AACCACUCUUCAAUACGUUACGCAAGUAGAACUACAUAUCCCAUAUGUGGUGAAGACGAAAGCGGGGUUCGUGGGAUAUGAAGUUUUUACGCCGGCCACACUCACGCUAGCUAAUCAUCUCGGACUUGGAUAGCAGAGAAAAUCAAGGUUGUGGUGAAAUUUAACUUUUAACGUCUCGUAUUUUCGCCCACCUCACUUUCCAAGCUUUACUGUUCUUUAUCAUACAAACACCGAGUUGUUGGAUGUUUAUCGUGGCGGUUGUAGCUGUAAAUGGUAGUGGAUUCAAAACAUGCUAGCUAGCUAAGGCUACCCGGACCUGCUUACAGUGUGUUGCUACCAUGUUACCUGAGAUAUUGCAAGGGACUGUCGGUGGAGGGUUUGUGUUAAUACAAGACUCCUCAAAUUAUUCUGGUCGCCAACUUUUGAAGAGCUUCAUUCACGCUGCAUUGACUAGAGAGGAAGUUGUUCAUGUCCUGGGCUUUGAAGUCAGUGAGGAGGAGCUCAAAGAUGGACUGAAUGAAUCGUCCAUGCAAAGGCUACACUUUCAUAAUGCUUACAUAGACCCCCUUGGCUGGACUGAGAGCCCCCAUUUCACAGUUCACCAGUUCAGCAUGGAGCAGCUUACCAGUCUCUUCAAGCAAACACAGCAAACUAAACCAUUUACCCUCGUGAUUGACUCCCUCUCGUGGAUCCUGAGACACAUCAGUACCCCUGUCGUCUGUGAGAGUCUUCAGCAACUUAAAAAAGGGGGAGCUGUGAGAGCUGUUAUCGGUCUGCUGCACUCAGAUAUGCAUCAGCGGGGUUUGGUGGGAAGCGUGUGCCACUUGGCCACUUCAGUCAUCACUGUGAGACCGGGGCUGCGGGGAGACGGAGCAGUGGCAAAGACAACAAAGCGCUCAAAAACGGGGAAGGUUACACAAGAUGAGGAGAUUUUCAGUAUCAAAGAAGAUCUUACAGUCACAGUCCAGGGCAAGCCUAGUCAACCUGGAACCACACAGACUGAGCUUGAAGAACCUGAGGCGGACCCAACAGCCAACUUGACCUUCAACCUCCGUUUAUCCGACAAAGAGCGUGAAGCCAAAGAAAAACUAGCACUUCCCUUUGUCUUUAGUAAAGAGAAGAAAACGGCUCUCCUUCACACAGGCCCAGGUUCAGGCCGGAUUUUGUAUGAGCCUGAUGCCAAUGACGAUUAUGACCAGGAGGAUCCUGAUGACGACCUCGAUGUCUAGACCCAGCGGUGCAGAAUCAUGGACUUAAUGCUGUUUUAUUGGACUUUUAGACUCUGAACAAAUGCACUACUACGCACUCUGGAAAAGUUUAUGAAAGUAUGGAGUUUGAUUUUGAUGAUUUCCAGGUUUGGAAAAAGUAUGGAAAUUUGAGAGAAAAGUGUGGGGAAACAAAUGUAAUUUUCAGACUAUUGUUUCAGUGUACACUUUUUUUAAAAAAAAAUACCUAGUUCAUAAAAUUUCAACAAAUAAAUCAUAAUGCAUUUUCAUUUACAAGAAGCUAUGUUUGACAUGGAGAGUGCGUGGGAGAGAACAAUUCAAAUGCCUCCUCUCCACUGUUUCGGGCUCCUGCGCUGCAGCUGGACAGCCUAAACAACCAGAGCAGCGGCUGCUGCAGCCCACCCCCUGUAAAUUUAUUAACAUUGUGAAAAUGUAUGUGUGUGUGUGUGUGUGUGUGUGUGUGUGUAUCAUUAACAGCAAUGAAUUAUCAGAAGGUUUUUUGUA